UCCUACUCCUGGUCAGGCGCUGGCCGAUGCGAAUCGUGCGGCUCGCACGGAACGGACGACUGCAGUGCCCUUGAUCGGCCGGCGGCGACGGUACGCCGCGAACGCGGCAACGCGUACACCCGACGCGCCGCGCCGCGCAUUCGUCGAACGGUGGCAAUAAUUAUCAUAACACACAACGUUAUCGUCGAACGUUAUUACAAUAAUAAUUAUCAUAAGGCGAGAAGAAAUUAAUUUAUUGUUGAACGGCAACGCGACCGGUGCGCGUGUGUGUGUGUGUGUGUGUGACGCUCGAGACGCGCUGCGAAUCGGUCGACGUCCGUUGGUUGUUAUUAUUUCGUUUUUAUUUCGUUUUUUCUGCGUCGUUGCCUCCACGAAAAGGGAACGUCGUCCCGGAGGCGAUACGCGUACGCGGACGGUUUUCGUUUCCCCGAUACCCGCCAACGAUUUGGUCCGUCCCGUUUUUCUCCGUAACACGUAUGAUUCGCUGCUGUCGCCGGUCGCUCUGAACGCGUCAUGUCUACGCAAGAAAAAUUCACAGCCGCCAUAAACGUGAUCAGGAGUUUACCGAAAAACGGUUCAUAUCAGCCAUCUAAAGAACUUCUGCUUAAGUUUUAUGGAUAUUACAAACAAGCCACUGUUGGACCUAACAAUCAACCCAAACCCAGUUUUUGGGAUGUUGUUAAUCGAGCAAAAUGGCAAGCUUGGGAUAGUUUGGGAAACAUGUCAAAGGAAAAAGCGAUGGAAGAAUAUGUUAAUGAAUUAAAAAAGAUUGUAGAAACCAUGGCAUAUACAAAUCCUGUGGCUGAUUUUGUUUCCAGUUUAGAUUCAUUUUAUGAAUCAGUUUCUAUUGAUGAUUUAAAAGUGGUAGUUGGUUCAAUCGAGCAUGGCAGCCUUCUGGAAAGAGUCAAUAAUUCUAAUAUUAACUCUUUAAAUGAAAUUCAAAGUAUCACAGACGCAGACAUUGAUGAAGAAUGUUUUCAUGAUGUUAUGGAAGUCAACAAUUCGUCAAUUGGAGAGCAAAAAAAAAUCAAUGUGUAUGAGGAAAACCAACACUCGAUGUCUAAUGAAUACAUUGAAAAUUUAGUACCUGACAAUCACAUUCCAAUAUCUCAACAAAAUGGAACUAAUAUGAUUGAGUUACAAACAAACGAAUUUUUAAAUGAAUUCCAAUCACAAAUAAGUAGUAUAAUAGCUACUAUGAAAUAUGAUUUAGAUGUUGUAAUAAAUCGUGUUGCUCAAAUAGAAUAUAAAUUAAACGAGAUUAAAGAAAUAAAUAAACAAAAACACCGUCAUAUGUCAAAAAGAAGUUUUUAUCAAAUGUUAAUCCUAAUGGGUUGGCCUAUCAUUGUUCAACUGAUAUUCUAUUGGUUCCAAAAGCGUAAGAUUCAAAAAUCCUUAAAAGUAUAAGCUUAUGUGAUAUUUAAAUUAAAUGGUUAAAUUAUUUUAUGUUCCAUUUACUUCACCAUGAAGUCCAAUUUAUGAUAAAAUCCUUUAUUUUUUCUUAGAGUUAAUAAUUAAAUGCUCUUACAGACUUUAG